GUUGCAUUGUAGUUGAGCGUAAGUCGCAGGCGUUUGAACGGCCGAAUAUUUUACAACGGCGGUAGACUUGACCGGUUUCUUGGAUGAAUCAGAUGGUAUAGCCAGAGGCAUAGGAUUGACCUAAAAUUCUCAUGCUGUGGGAAAGGAUGGAAGCAGCAAGAAGCAUAAUAGAAAUAGAUUAUAACGACAAAACGAAGCCCGCGAAGAGCCGAUGUUCGAUUCAGUGGAAAGUGUAGCGUGUUGUUCACCGUGGUGCUCGAUGAAGAAACAAAGUAUAUUAUCUCUAUCCACCCGGUUUCGAGUAAUAGCGCGAGAAAGGUUAGGAGCGACGCGAGCAAAAAGAGCCGAUUUAUCCGCAACGUUGAACGGAUUACGAAGCCCUCGAAAGAACUCGACGUCACUGGUACCGCGUUUAUAUAUAAGACGGGGAACCGGCAACCCUCGGAAUCCAGUCAACGACGGGAGGUGAUCGAACAGGGGACGCAGCCAUGGUGGUGAAUUUCAAGGUGUACAAGAAGUGCUCGCCGAACGGCAAAAUCUCGCUGUACCUGGGCAAGAGGGAUUACAUCGACUAUCUGUCGGGCAUCGAGCCGGUCGACGGGGUGAUACUUCUCGACCAGGGCUACGUGGACACGGGUAGGAAGGUGUGGGGCCAGCUGAUUUGCAGCUUUCGUUACGGGCGGGAGGAGGACGAGGUGAUGGGCCUCAACUUCCAAAAGGAUCUCUACUUGGUCUCGGAGCAACUGUUCCCGGUUAACGAGAAACGGGAGGAGAAUCUGACCAAGCUCCAGGAUCGGUUGUUGCAGAAACUGGGGCCGAACGCGAUUCCGUUCACGUUCAAGUUCUCGCAGUCCGCUCCGUCGAGCGUCACUCUACAACAAGGGGAGGACGAGACGGGCGAGCCUUGCGGGGUGAACUACUACGUGAAGAUCUACUGCGGGGAGACGGAGACGGACGUGACCCACAAGAGGAGCACGGUGAUCAUGGGGAUAAGGAAGAUCCAGUACGCGCCCACGAAGCAAGGACGGCAGCCUUGCACCGUGGUGCGAAAGGACUUCUUGCUGAGCCCCGGCGACCUGGAGCUGGAGGUGACGUUGGACAAGCAGCUGUACCACCACGGGGAGAGGAUAGCCGUGAACGUGUGCGUGAGGAACAACAGCAACAAGGUGGUGAAGAAGAUCAAGGCGUUGGUCCAGCAGGGUAUCGACGUGGUCAUCUUCCAGAACGGCCAGUUCAGAACUGUGAUCGACGCGGUGGAGACUCAGGACGGGUGCCCGAUCAAUCCUGGCUCCAACCUGACCAAGGUCCUCUACCUGAAACCGGAGCUGGAGAACAACAAGCAUCGAAGGGGCAUCGCGUUGGACGGCCGGCUGAAGAGAGAGGAGGGCGAGUUGGCAUCCAGCACUCUGCUCCUCUCGCCGGAUAUACGCGAAUCCUUCGGCAUCGUGGUCUCGUACGCCGUCAAGGUGAAGCUGUACCUGGGCGCGCUGAGCGGGGAAUUGUCCGCCGAGCUGCCGUUCAUCCUGAUGCGCCCGAAACCCGUCGAUCGGAUCAAGGUGGCGAACGACGAGCUGGAGAACGUGAAGGAGGUGGAAAAGCCGAUCGCCAGCUAGAGAGAUCGUUGGCAACGAUAUGAUCUCAUUUUCAUGGAACGAAAUAAUCCAAUCCCGAAGGAACUCCUAUUUGUAUCGAAAAUUCGUUUUCGAAAAUUCAAACUAUUUUUCCAUAUAUGCAUAUAUAUAUAAAUAUAUACACGAUGUUGAAUAUCUAUUUGAAUAUUUAAAAGAAAAGAAACUAAUUAUUGCAAGUGAUAAAUUAUUCCAAUCUCGGGAUGCUUCUAUUUGUAUCGCGUUUUCCAAAAUUCAAACUAUUUUUCCAUAUAUGCAUACAUAUAUAAAUAUAUACACGAUGUUGAAUAUGUAUUUGAAUAUCUAAAAGAAAAGAAACUAAUUAUUGUAAGUGAUAAAUUAUUCCAAUCUCGGGAUACUUCUAUUUGUAUCGCGUUUUCCAAAAUUCAAACUAUUUUUCCAUAUAUACAUACAUAUAUGAAUAUAUACACGAUGUUGAAUAUGUAUUUGAAUAUUUAAAAGAAAAGAAACUAAUUAUUGUAAAUGAUAAAUUAUUCCAAUCUCGGGAUGCUUGUAUUUGUAUCGCGUUUUCCAAAAUUCAAACUAUUUUUCCAUAUAUACAUACAUAUAUGAAUAUAUACACGAUGUUGAAUAUGUAUUUGAAUAUUUAAAAGAAAAGAAACUAAUUAUUGCAAGUGAUAAAUUAUUCCGAUCUCGGGAUGCUUCUAUUUGUAUCGCGUUUUCGAAAAUUCAAACUAUUUUUCCAUAUAUACAUACAUAUAUAAAUGUUGAAUAUGUAUUUGAAUAUUUAAAAGAAAAGAAACUAAUUAUUGUAAGUGAUAAAUUAUUCCAAUCUCGGGAUACUUCUAUUUGUAUCGCGUUUUCGAAAAUUCAAACUAUUUUUCCAUAUAUGCAUACAUAUAUAAAUGUUGAAUAUGUAUUUGAAUAUUUAAAAGAAAAGAAACUAAUUAUUGUAAGUGAUAAAAAUAUAUUGGAAAAUUGA